CCGCCCCAUCUGGCGUAGGCUAACUGUUACGCACUGUCUUCCGUGACUCAGGAGUGUCCAUGGUGCAGAAUCGGGUGCCAUAGCACAUCCAUAGACGUGGCCGUCGUAUGCUGUGCUGCGUUCGCUCGGCUGGCGCAGUGUCCCGUGUGGAGCGAGAGAGGGCGAAGUUUACUCUGCCUGCAUUGCAGCCUGAGCGCUGCUGGAAUCGAACACAACAAUGGCGUCUCCCAGUUCCAACAGCAACUCAACAACCUCCAACAGCAACAUCGCAGGAUCCACCUCUCACCACCAUCACCCGCAAACACAACACAUGACCACCGUCAGCAACAUGCAAGAAAUCAACACGUGCUGGAGGUGUCAAAACGAAACAGGGUUUCAGAUAAGCCUGUCUGGAGUGCCCCAAAGUAAACGUAAAGCCCUGAAGCUGAACUUCGCCAACCCUCCAGUGAAGCCAGCUACCAGGUUGCCCCUCAAUCCCUCACCUUCAACCGCCCCCUCCUUCCAGAACCCACACAUAGAGCGUAUGAGGACACACAGUAUCGAGUCGUCGGGGAAGCUGAAGAUUUCUACAGAGAAUGCCUGUGACUUCACGGCCGAGGACCUGAGGGACCUGGGGGAGAUCGGCCGUGGGGCAUACGGCUCCGUCAACAAGAUGCAGCACAAACCCAGCGGACAGAUCAUGGCCGUCAAGAGGAUCCGCUCCACGGUGGAUGAGAAGGAACAGAAGCAGCUGCUGAUGGAUCUAGACGUGGUGAUGAGGAGUAGCGACUGUCUCUAUAUCGUCCAGUUUUACGGAGCUCUCUUCAGAGAGGGCGACUGUUGGAUAUGUAUGGAACUAAUGUCUACCUCAUUCGACAAAUUCUACAAAUAUGUAUAUUGUUCGUUAGAUGAUGUCAUUCCAGAGGAAAUAUUAGGCAAAAUCACAUUAGCAACCGUUAAAGCACUGAACCACUUAAAAGAAAACUUGAAAAUAAUUCACAGAGACAUCAAACCUUCCAACAUUCUCAUGGAUCGUAAUGGCAACAUCAAGUUGUGUGACUUUGGCAUCAGCGGUCAGCUGGUGGACUCAAUAGCCAAGACCAGAGACGCAGGCUGCAGACCCUACAUGGCUCCGGAGAGGAUAGACCCCAGUGCUUCCAGACAAGGCUACGACGUCCGAUCAGACGUGUGGAGUUUGGGGAUAACCCUGUAUGAGCUGGCCACCGGCAGGUUCCCCUACCCCAAGUGGAAUAGUGUGUUUGAUCAGCUGACCCAGGUGGUGAAGGGCGAGCCGCCCCAGCUCUGCAACUCUGAGGACAGGCAGUUCUCCCCCAAGUUCAUCAACUUUGUCAACUUAUGCCUUACAAAGGAUGAGUCAAAACGGCCAAAGUACAAGGAGCUCCUGAAACACCCGUUCAUCCUGAUGUACGAGGAGAGGUGUGUGGACGUGGCCAGCUACGUGUGUCGCAUCUUGGACCAGAUCCCUGCCUCCCCCAUCUCACCCAUGUACCUGGACUGACGGGGGGACACGUCACACCGCAACACACAUGCCGGGGGGAAACAGUACACCGCAUGACAUCUUAGCCCUCCGAUACAGAGUUACUAUAGUAUCAUUUGUUUGUUUCCGUGUUCCAAAGAACACGAGAACAAUUCCAUAUAAAAAAUGUAUCGCCCUGUGCAAUACGAUAAUACACACACACACACUCAUGCUUGUUCAAUGUCAAUUAAAAUAUCUAGAUUAUCCUCCCAGCUUCAGACAGCUAAACUUGAAGACAUUCAGUUGGCUCAACAUAUGUACAACGUUCAUCUUUUUUUUGUGCUAGAAGAAAAGGGUUAGAGUACAUAUACUGUAUACAUACAGUAUGUGUGUGUGUGUAUGUGUGUGUGUAUGUAUGUAUGUGUGUAUAUAUAUAUAUAUAUAUAUAUAUAUAUAUAUAUAUAUAUAUAUAUAUAUAUAUAUAUAUAUAUAUAUAUAUUAGUACCAGUCAAAAGUUUGGACACGCCUACUCAUUCCAAGGGUUUUCUUUAUUUUAACUAUUUUCUACAUGGUAGAAUAAUAGGAAACAUGGUAGAAUAAUAGGGAAGACAUCAAAACUAUGAAAUAACACUUAUUCAUGUUAUUCAUGGAAUCAUGUAGUAACCAAAAAAUGUGUUAAACAAUAAAAUGUAUUUUAUUUGAGAUUCUUCAAAGUAGCCACCCAUUGACCUUGAUGACAGCUUUGCACACUCUUGGCAUUCUCUCAACCAGCUUCAUGAGGUAGUCACCUGGAAUGUAUUUUAAUUAACAGGUGAGCCUUGUUAAAAGUUAUUUUGUGGAAUUUGUUUCCUUCUUAAUGUGUUUAAGCCAAUCAGUUGUGUUGUGACAAGUUAGGGGGGGUAUACAGAAGGUAGCCCUAUUUGGUAAAAGACCAAGUCCAUAUUAUGGCAAGAACAUCUCAAAUAAGCAAAGAGAAACAGCACUCCAUCAUUACUUUAAGACAUGAAGGUCAGUUGAUCCAGAAAAUUAAGGACUUUGAAAGUUUCUUCAAGUGCAGUUGAAAAAAACAUCAAGCGAUAUGAUGAUACUGUCUCUCAUGAGGACCAUCACAGGAAUGUAAGACCCAGAGUUAUCUCUGCAGAGGAUAGACCCAGAGUUACCAGCCCCAGAAAUUGCAGCCCAAAUAAAUGCUUCACAGAGUUCAAGUAACAGACACAUCUCAACAUCAACUGUUCAGAGGAGACUGUGAAUCAAUCAGGCCUUCAUGGUCAAAUUGCUGCAAAGAAACCGCUACUAAAGGACACCAAUAAGAAGAAGACUUGCUUGGGCCAAGAAACAGCGAUGGACAUUUAGACUGGUGGAAAUCUGUCCUUUGGUCAGUGAAAUUAUUGAUUUUUGGUUCCAACCGCCGUGUCUUUGUGAGACGCGGUGUGGGUGAACGGAUGAUCUCUGCAUGUGUGGUUCCUACCGUGAAGCAUGGAGGAAGAGGUGUGAUGAUGUGGGGGUGCUUUUCUGGUGACUGUCAGUGAGUUAUUUAGAAUUCAAGACGUACUUAACCAGCAUGACUACCACAGAAUUUUGCGGCUAUACACCAUCCCAUCUGGUUUGCGUUUAGUGGGACUAUCAUUUUUUUUUUCAACAGGACCCAACACACCUCCAGGCUGUGUAAGGGCUAUUUGACCAAGAAGGAGAGUGAUGGAGUGCUGCAUCAGAUGACCUGGCCUCCACAAUCACCCGACCUCAACCCAAUUGAGAUGGUUUGGGAUGAGUUGGACCACAGAGUGAAGGAAAAGCAGCCAGCAAGUGCUCAGCAUCUGUGGGAACUCCUUCAAGACUGUUGGAAAAGCAUUCCAGAUGAAGCUGGUUGAGAGAAUACCAAGUGUGCAAAGCUGUCAAGGCAAAGGGUGGCUAUUUGAAGAAUCUAAAAUAUUUUGAUUUGUUUGACACUUUUUGGGUUACUACAUGAUUCUAUAUGUGUUAUUUCUCAGUAUUUGAGGUCUUCUAUUAUUCUACAAUGUAGAAAAUAGUAAAAAUAAAGAAAAACCCUUGAAUGAGUAGGUAUGUCUCUACUUUUACUGGUAAUAUAUAUUUACGCACACACACAUACUUGAAAAUCGAUGUAAACGAAUACAGAAGUUACCAAAUAAACAUGUUGGAAAGUGAUGCUCAUGACAUGAACAAAAUAGUAUUAUAUUUGGAUUGUAUGUGAUGGACUGUUUGUGUGCUCACUUCUAUGUCGUCAGAAAAUGUACAGAUGUAUGCAGACAGACUUGUCUAAGUGAGACGCACGUAUCACACGGUAUGUUAUGGGCACCUACACUCAUUGUAAAUGAAUGGGUCUGAUGAUGCAAAUGUUUGAAACACAAAUCGAUGGUGUUAAUGUGGCUUUAUUUUCUUAAUAUGCAAUUUACAGUAUGACUGUUCUGUCAUCGCAUAAUUAACGUAAAAAAAACCGAAAUGUUCACUCUCUGCAAAAUGUAAAAAUUACAGUAGGAUUGUAAGACUCUUGUCCACAAUUGUAUAUCUGUAUGUACAUCUCAAAACAGUCUGCUAUUAUACACCAGUUCUGUUCAGUAGUUAGUAGUGCGGACGCACACGGCAAAGUUUGCUGGAGCAGUUACAUAGUUCUCAACCUGCUACACGUUGCUAAAUGGAGGAAUUUACAGCCAGUCGCGAUGGUCUGAUCUGCAUGGUCACUAGCUGUUUAGCCUACCACUUUGCAAGGCAUCACAAGUUGAACAUGCCAGAUAUACACUGAUUGCUUGACCAGGCCUGUGCUGCAUCGGUCUGUGGAUAAGAGAUCCUAACUCCCACGUUAUACUAUAGCACUGUACAAUCCAUCUGCCCAUCCCUCCUGAUCACAGAGCUGUAAGAUCAGCCAAUAAUAGAUCAGUCAGCAUGUUCUUCAGUGGCUCGGAUUGUUCGGAGUAAUACUCGAGCCUUGCUCCAGAUGGAAUGUGUCUGUUUCCCUCACCAACCCUUAGGCAUCCCGUAGGGCGCACCUCAACAGUGUACUCUUUAUAUUUGCUCAGAAAGCCACGUUCAGUGUGUAGUAAUGUAACGAAGCAAAACAAACACACAAUGGAGUUAGUUAGCUAGUGAACCUGUCGUGUGUAUGUGGCGUUGAGGGCGUUCAGCAUCGGCAUGUCAGCCAUGUUAAAUGACAACCAACCUGGGUUGUGCUUCACCAAGGAUGGUCAGUGUGUUUGCCAGAUAACUUCGAUAAACUUUCAGAUGUAACUCCCAGGUCACUGUAUGUGAUAUCUUUAAGAACUAGAAAACUCAAGUUGUUCCUGAAUGUUUAGUAAAGGUAGCUGGCUAUCUCAUUGGUUGUGCUUCAUGAAAUGCCCCCUUGGAAAUAUGUCAGGGGUCAGUACAGAAAUGUUGCUUACAUAUGCAGCUGAUCCAGGAGCAUGGAACGUUACAGAACAUUCAGAUAGAAAAGUACUACAUAGACCUGACCUGAUUCCCUGUUAUGUGGCGUAUGGGAUCGAGUCGGCUUUAUUCAUUCCAUUUCUCUCUGCAUUGUUUCAAAUGUUCCAUCCCUCUGGAAAAGCAUAUGCUCUUUUCAACUAAAGGGUGGGUGAGAAGAUUUUAUUGAUGGUCCACCCAUGUGUUCUGUGGAUGUGGAACACUUAUGGUUACUUGGUGAAUAUAUUAUGGAGGAGUACAUGUAUAAAUUGCAAUGUAUUAGAAUGUUGAUAUUAGAUUAUAAGAUGAUAAAUGGCAAUGAGUAUUAUAUUGUAUCUUUAUCAAGGGUAUAAAAAAUAAAGUUCACAAUGAGGAAAUACAAA